CGCGGAUCCCGGGCCGCAGCGACCACGGAAGGAAAUUGGGGCUGGGCCCCGCCGGCACCGGCGCGCGAUUCCAUCCCAGUCCAGGUCCCAGCCGAGCGAUCCUAGGGCCGGACCAUGGACUCAACAGAGCCGGGGCUACUCCCAGCUCCUGAGAACAGGAAGAGGUACAGUGAUAUCUUCCGGAGCCUGGACAACCUCGAGAUCUCACUUGGGAACGUGACCUUUGAGAUGCUGGCUGGAGACCCUGUGCUUUCAGGAGACCCAGAACCUGACAAGACCCCCACAGCCACUUUGAAGAGUGAAAGCAGCCGUUGGAGUGGCCCCUCCCCAGAGGACUGCACACCCCUUACAGGGGAGGAACUGGACUUGCGACUCAUUCGGACCAAGGGGGGCGUGGAUGCAGCCCUGGAGUAUGCCAAGACCUGGAGCCGCUACGCCAAGGAGCUGCUGGCCUGGACUGAGAAGAGAGCCAGCUAUGAGCUGGAGUUUGCCAAAAACGUCAUGAAGAUCGCUGAGGCUGGCAAGGUGUCAAUCCACCAGCAGAGCCACAUGCCACUGCAGUACAUCUACACCCUGUUUCUGGAGCACGACCUCAGCCUGGGAAACCUGGCUGUGGAGACAGUGGCCCAGCAGAAAAGAGACUACUACCAGCCCCUGGCUGCCAAACGGACUGAGAUUGAGAAGUGGCGGAAGGAGUUCAAGGAGCAGUGGAUGAAAGAGCAGAAGCGAAUGAACGAGGCGGUGCAGGCGCUGCGGCGGGCCCAGCUCCAGUACGUGCAGCGAAGCGAAGACCUGCGGGUGCGCUCCCAGGUGUCUCCCGAAGACCCGGCCCCCCAGGCCUCGCCGGGACCCAACAAGCAGCAGGAGCGGCGGCGGCGCUCGCGAGAGGAGGCUCAGGCCAAGGCGCAGGAGGCCGAGGCGCUGUACCACACCUGCGUCCGCGAGGCCAACGCGCGGCAGCAGGACCUGGAGGCCGCCAAGCAGCGGAUCGUGUCACACGUGCGCAAACUGGUGCUGCAGGGGGACGAAGUGCUGAGGCGGGUGACCCUGGGAUUGUUCGGGCUGCGAGGGGCUCAGGCAGAGCGCGGCCCCCGCGCCUUCGCUGCCCUGGCCGAGUGCUGCGCGCCCUUUGAGCCCGGCCAGCGAUACCAGGAGUUCGUGAGGACGCUGCGACCCGACGCCCCGCCACCCCCACCACCCGCCUUCUGUUUCCAGGAGUUCAGUUCCCCUGUGGAUACAAAAAAGAAGCUCUCUGGAGCCCCACUUCCACAGCUGGAUGAGACUGUAGCUGAGUCAGGCCCUUGGGAGGACACUGGCACAGGCUGGCAGGGAGCUCUGGGCCCCACUCUGGCCAGUGAUGUGGACAGCAUAAGUGGUAGCAGCGAGUCUCGGUCCCUGGACUCUCCCACUUCCAGCCCAGGCUCUGGCACGAGGCGGCUGGUGAAGGUCUCGUCCAUUGGCACAGAAUCUUCAGAUGACUUUGAGGAGCGAGACCCUGACUUAGGAGAUGGGCUGGAGAAUGGGCCAGGCACCCCCUUCAAGAAGUGGACACUGUCCAACGCGGCCCAGACCCACCGGCUGCGGCGGCUGCGGGGCCCAGCCAAGUGCCGAGAGUGUGAGGCUUUCAUGGUCAGCGGAACUGAGUGCGAGGAGUGCCUUCUGACCUGCCACAAGCGCUGCCUCGAGACUCUACUGAUCCUUUGCGGACAUAAGCGGCUCCCAGCCCGGACCCCCCUCUUUGGGGUCAACUUCCUGCAACUGCCCAGGGACUUCCCAGAGGAGGUGCCCUUUGUGAUCACCAGGUGCACAGCCGAAAUAGAACAGCGCGCCCUGAGUGUGCAGCAGGGCAUUUAUCGGGUCAGCGGGUCCCGGGUCCGCGUGGAACGGCUAUGCCAGGCUUUUGAGAACGGCCGAGCGUUGGUUGACCUGUCGGGGAACUCGCCUCACGAUGUCUCGAGUGUUCUCAAGCGAUUCCUCCAGGAGCUCACUGACCCCGUGGUCCCCUUCCACCUCUACGACGCCUUCAUCUCUCUGGCUAAGACCCUGCAUGCAGACCCUGGGCACGACCCUGGGACCCCCAGCCCCAGCCCUGAGGUUAUCCGCUCGCUGAAGACCCUCUUGGUGCAGCUGCCUGACUCUAACUACAACACCCUGCGGCACCUGGUGGCCCAUCUGUUCAGGGUGGCUGCACAGUAUGAAGAGAACAAGAUGUCUGCCAACAACCUGGGCAUUGUGUUUGGGCCGACCCUGCUGCGACUGCCGGAUGGUCCAGGUCCAGCCAGUGCCGGCCCUGUCACCUGCCUGCUGGACUCCGCGCACCAGGCCCAGCUCAUCGAGUUCCUCAUUGUACACUAUGAGCAGAUCUUCGGGAUUGAGGAGCUCCUCCCGGCCACUGAGCCCCUGCUCCGAGACCCCAGCCCACCCCCCACAACUCUCCCAACAAGCCCCCAGCCACCACACUCACAACUUGCCCUGGACGCCCUGCCCAUAUCCCUAGCCUCGGACCCCAGCCCAGACACCAUGCCCCUUAGUGCCCUGGAGAAGCAUCCUGAGGCCACGCCUCCAGAGAUUCCAACUCUGCAGAGUGACCAGGAAGAGGAGGUAACCAAAGACACCAAAAAUGAGGGAGAGGAAGUGUCCAGCCAAGGCCCUGAGGACUCACCCCUGGGAACACAGCCCCGUGGCCACUUCAGCCGCCAGCCAGUGAAGUAUCCCCGGGGGGGUGUGCGACCUGUCACCCACCAGCUGUCCACCUUGGCCCUGGUGGCUUCCAAGUUGUGUGAAGAGACCCCUGUCACAUCAGUGCCCCAAGGGAGCUUGCGGAGGCGAGGACCUGGCCCUGCUGCCACCUCCCAUGAGGGUAGUCCUCUGCACCGCACCCCACUGCCCAAACAUUUUGAGAUCACCCAGGAGACAGCCCGGCUACUCUCCAAGCUGCCCAAUGAGUCUGUGCCCAAGGCCACCUGCUGCCCAGACCCCCAACCUGAGGAAGCCGAGGACCAUUUCUGACUACCCCAGCACUCUGACCAAGAAGCCCAGGACUGAGAAGAUGGGGCCAACUUCCCAGGAGUUCAAUGUUGGGGUGUCUGGAGAGUUCCUGUGGGGAAAGACUACAUGGCCUAGGGGAGAACUAAAACCCUUUUGGCGGCAAUGUACCAGGAUCUCCCCAACUAGACACAGGUCAGUGUUAAGCAUCAGGUUGCCACUGAUGCGUGACAUUGCCGCUCAGGUUCAGAGGUCACUCAGGGUCAAAACUCAGGGUCAAUAAAAGGUCAUGGAAUCCUUGAGGUCCACACUAGUCUCUGACCCCUGGGAUAGGGGUGCUUUUUGCUGCAUUGGCUGUGGCCACUCCCCCAUCUCUGUCUGCCUCUUUAGCUGAUCCCAAGUGACCAGAUUUUGGAGGGUGUGGGCCACCCAGACUCAAUACCCUGGUGGUGCCUGGGGUCUGGUGGCCUCUGAAUAAACUGUG